GUACAUUUUUGAACAUAAGGGCACGCAAAGGAUUAUGGUGAUUAACAACUGUUCCUCUAAUGAUGAUGCAGCCUAUUCUGUGGUUGCAGGAGAAGAGAAAUGUACCACAGAGCUUUUUGUCAAAGAGCUACCAAUAAAAAUUGUUAAAGGUAUUGAGCCUGUGAAGACUACAGUGAACGAAAGGAUUGAGCUAGAGUGUGAGGUGUCGGAGGAAGGCGCUCAAGUUAAAUGGAUGAAAAAUGGCGUUGAAGUCCCAACAGGAGUUCGCUCAAGGUACAGAGUGAAGUGUGAAGGAACCAAACAUUACUUGGUCAUUGAUGAUGCCUCCAAAGACGACACUGGAACAUAUUCUGUCAUGGCCAGUGGAGGCACUUCAGAGGCUCAUGUUCAAGUAGACUUGAAACCCUUGAAGGUGUUUCAGGAUCUGCAGGAUAUGACAGUGAUGCUGGGGCAACCCAUAAAGUUACACUGUGAAAUCUUCCCAGGAAAUGUCCCAGGUCGUUGGUACAGGAAUGGACAGCUGAUCCAGCCAAGUGAUCGUCUCAACAUUAUACACAGGGCUAAAGUUCACCGACUGGAAAUUGAGACAAGUUCCCUUCAUGAUGCAGGAGAUUACACUUUUGUGCCUGAAGGAUACUCACAAAGCCUGUCUGCUAAAAUCCACAUCAUUGAUCCUCCAAGAGUACAUCUCGAAAGCUUGAACUUCCCAGACAACACCGUCACAGUUGUGGCUGGAAACAAACUCCGAUUAGAGAUCCCCAUAAGUGGAGAACCAGCACCUAGAGUGGUGUGGAUGAAAGGAGAAAGGGUGAUUCUUGAUUCAGGCCACAGAGUUCACGCUGAAACUUACGGCGACCAGACCAGCCUGACAAUUGAAGUCACAGAGCGCGAAGAUACAGGAAACUACAAAAUUGUUUUACAGAAUGAGGCAGGAGAAGCUACAGCUAGUGUCAAAAUCAAGGUUGUUGACAUUCCUGAUCCUCCUGAGGCACCUUUGGUCCCAGUUGUGGGAGGCGAUUGGUGUUCUAUGACAUGGGAACCACCCAAGUAUGAUGGAGGUUCACCCAUAUUAGGAUACUUCAUUGAGAGAAAAAAGAAACAGAGCUCCAGAUGGAUGAGGCUGAACUUUGACUUGAUCAAAGAUACUUCAUUUGAACCUAAGAAGAUGAUUGAAGGAGUGCCAUAUGAAGUCCGGAUCUUUGCAGUCAAUGCCAUUGGUGUCUCCAAACCCAGUGAACCGUCCAAAGCCUUUACUCCCCUCGCUGUGACCAGUGAGCCCACUAUGCUGGUUGUGGACGAUGUUACUGACACCACAGUGACUGUAAAAUGGCGUCCUCCAGAAACCAUUGGGGCAGCUGGGCUGGAUGGAUAUUUAGUGGAGUACUGCAUCGAAGGAACUGACGACUGGGUGGUAUCCAACAAAGAGGUAACUGAGAAAACCAAGUACACCAUCACUGGUCUAACUCCAGGAUGUAAGAUUUUAGUUCGAGUCAAAGCCAUAAAUAAAGCAGGAGCCAGUGCUCCACGCACUCUGCAGCACUCUGUCCUGGUCAAAGAAGUUGUUGAACCACCAAAGAUCCGUGUCCCGCGACACCUGAAACAGACUUACACUCGCAAAGUUGGAGAAACCGUUAACCUUGUGGUGCCUUUCCAGGGAAAACCUCGGCCAAAGGUUACUUGGAUCAAGGAAGGCAACCCUGUAGAACCUUCCCAUGUUAGCAUCCGCAACACAGACUGUGACAGCAUCAUUUUUAUCCGUAAAGCAGACCGAAACCACUCUGGGAAGUAUGAGAUGACGGUACAGGUUGAGAACCAUGUUGACACGGCAAUUAUAGACAUACAGAUUGUGGAUCUACCAGGACCGCCUCAGGCUGUCACAAUUGAAGACGUUUGGGGAGAAAAUGUAGCUCUCGUGUGGACCCCUCCAAAAGACAGUGGAAAUGCCCCAAUAACAGGCUACACCAUUCAAAAAGCAGACAAGAAAACAAUGGAAUGGUUUACAUGCAUUGAGCACUAUCACCGGAACUGCAUCACCAUCACAGAACUGGUGGUUGGGAAUGAAUAUUUCUUCAGAGUCUUCUCAGAAAAUAUGUGUGGUCUGAGCGAACUGGCCACCCAGACCAAAAAGAGCGCUCUGAUCGUCAAAGAAGGCUUGCAGAUGAAAAUACCCGAGUACAACGACCGCGACUUCAAGGAGCCACCAAAGUUCACUCAACCACUAAUCAACACCUUUGCUGUUGCUGGGUAUAACGCUACGCUGAACUGCAGCGUCCGUGCCAACCCAAGGCCAAAAGUGAUCUGGAUGAAGAAUAAGAUGAUCAUCUUUGAUGACCCACGCUACCGAAUGUUUAGCAACCAAGGAGUCUGCACCCUGGAGAUCAGGAAACCCAGUCCCUAUGAUGGCGGCAUGUACACCUGCAAGGCCAUCAACGACCUGGGGGAGGCCCAAGUGGAAUGCAAGCUGGAGGUCAAAGGGGGGUUUACCUUCUUCGAGCUCAUGCAGCGUGGCGUACCCUUACACCUGAUCGAUAAAUACAUGAACGAGUCGAAGAUCGUAGAGCAAGACAAAUGAAACUGAAACCACUACAAAAAGGAGCUUUAGCUUUGCAAAACUUGUCUGCCAUCAGCGACCCUCGUCUCUCGCCUCUCUUUUUGGAUCAGCACACUGACGGCGGGUUAAUGCUGGAUUAAUGGAUCGGUUCUGGCGGAGGGAGUUCUGGUCUGUGGUGUGGAAUGCUGUGUGCAUGAUUGAAGCUUGUUGUUGACAUAAAAACCCGGUCAUUUCAUCUCCUUUCACUCCCUGUUUUCUUUGAAAUAAUGUAUCACCUCAGAACCUACUUUAGUGUUUAAGAACAAGAAAAAAUUUUAUUUAAAUAAGGAUUAAUGAAUAGCAACUCGUGUCUGAGGUAUUUUCUGUGGGUUUUUCUUGGUUUGGUCAGUGAAUGUGUUAUUUAUUUUGGUUGGGGAGUUCCAUAGAAAAGAAACAGAAAUGUUUAAAUUAUCCAUGUUAAUAUGAAUUUAACUCAAGAUAAGAACGAUUUGGGUAAAGUUGGAGAAAGAAACUUGAUUUAUUUUUUGGCUUUUUUUUUCUUGUGGGGAAAUGUAGAAGUUUACUCACAUGCAUGACAUCAAAACUUUUGAGUUUAUUUUGGACUGAUAAAGGUUCAACCAUACGUGCAUGUCUUUUCCUUUGUAAUUACGAACCGCAGCUAUAAUAAACCUUCGAAUUGCGUCUGUC